AUGACUGAAUCAUGUAAAGAGAAGCAGUCAACAGUCUUCAAUGAUUUAGAAAAGACUCAAGUUUAUUACACCAGCGGUAGCUACAUCACCAGCGGUAGCUACAUCAUCAGCGAAAGCUACAUCACCAGCGGUAGCUACAUCAUCAGCGGUAGCUACAUCAUCAGCGGUAGCUACAUCACCAGCGGUAGCUACAUCACCAGCGGUAGCCACAUCACCAGCAAAAGCUACAUCACCAGCGGUAGCUACAUCAUCAGCGUUAGCCACAUCACCAGCGAAAGCUACAUCACAAGCGGUAGCCACAUCACCAGCGAAAGCUACAUCACCAGCGGUAGCUACAUCAUCAGCGGUAGCUACAUCACCAGCGGUAGCUACAUCACCAGCGGUAGCCACAUCACCAGCGGUAGCCACAUCACCAGCGAAAGCUACAUCACCAACGGUAGCUACAUCAUCGGCGGUAGCUACAUCACCAGCGAAAGCUAUAUCACCAGCGGUAGCUACAUCAUCAGCGGUAGCUACAUCAUCAGCGGUAGCUACAUCACCAGCGAAAGCAACAUUACCAGCAGAAGCGGUAGCUACAUCACCAGAGGUUGCUACAUCAACAGCGGUAGCUACAUUACCAGCGGUAGCUACAUCACCAUCUGUUGCUACAUCACCAGCGGAAACUACAUCACCACCUGUAGCUACAUCAUCAGCGGAAGCUACACCACCAGCGCUAGCUACAUCACCAGCGAAAGCUACAUCACCAACGGUAGCUAUAUCAUCAGCGGUAGCUACAUCACCAGCGAAAGCUAUAUCACCAGUUGUAGCUACAUCACCAGACGUAGCUACAUCACCAGCGUUAGCUACAUCACCAGCGAAAGCAACAUCAUCAGCAGAAGCGGUAGCUACAUCACCAGAGGUGGCUACAUCAACAGCGGUAGCUACAUUAACAGCGGUAGCUACAUUACCAGUGGUAGCUACAUCACCAUCUGUUGUUACAUCACCAGCGGAAACUACAUCACCAUCUGUAGCUACAUCACCAGCGGUAGCUACAUCACCAGCGAAAGCAACAUCACCAGCAGAAGCGGUAGCUACAUCACCAGAGGUGGCUACAUCAACAGAGGUAGCUACAUUACCAGCGGUAGCUACAUCACCAUCUGUUGCAACAUCACCAGCGGAAACUACAUCACCAUCUGUAGCUACAUCACCAGCGGAAGCUACACCACCAGCGAUAGCUACAUCACCAGCGAUAGCUACAUCAUCAGCAGAAGUUACAUCACCAGCUGUAGCUACAUCACCAGACGUAGCUCCAUCACCAGCGGUAGCUAUAUCAUCAUCGGUAGCUACAUCACCAGCGGUAGCUAUAUCAUCAGCGGUAGCUACAUCACCAGCCGUAGAUACAUCACCAGCGGCAGUUACAUCACCAGCGGAAGCUACACCACCAUCUGUAGCUACAUCACCAGCGGUAGCUACAUCACCAGCGAAAGCAACAUCACCAGCAGAAGCGGUAGCUACAUCACCAGAGGUGGCUACAUCAACAGAGGUAGCUACAUUACCAGCGGUAGCUACAUCACCAUCUGUUGCAACAUCACCAGCGGAAACUACAUCACCAUCUGUAGCUACAUCACCAGCGGAAGCUACACCACCAGCGAUAGCUACAUCACCAGCGAUAGCUACAUCAUCAGCAGAAGUUACAUCACCAGCUGUAGCUCCAUCACCAGCGGUAGCUAUAUCAUCAUCGGUAGCUACAUCACCAGCGGUAGCUAUAUCAUCAGCGGUAGCUACAUCACCAGCCGUAGAUACAUCACCAGCGGCAGUUACAUCACCAGCGGAAGCUACACCACCAGCGGAAGCUACAUCACCAGCGGAAGCUACACCACCAGCGGAAGCUACAUCACCAGCGAAAGCUACACCACCAGUGGUAGACACUUCGCCAACGGUAGCUACAUCACCAGCGGAAUCUUGUGCUAUAGCAUUCCUAACACAUUGCAAGCCUUGGGUAAAGCUGGGUCCAAAGGUUAUCCCUGGGACAAAACUAGGCCCAAAGCUUAG